AUGCCCCUGAACAUCCCCCCCGCGGCCGGUGCCAUGAGACACUACAACUUUGGCGUCGAGAUCGAGACGAUAGGGAAACCCUACGGCGGCGCUGAGAGCUUCACCAACGUCGACUGGUACCGACAGCUCGCGCAGAAGCUGCGAAACCGCGGCAUCGACGCCGUGCACGACGACUGCUCCAAGUACAGCAAGCACCCCGAGUACUACGGCGGCAAGUGGUUUGUCACCCGGGAUGGAUCGCUCAAGCGGCCCCGUCCAUAUGUGUGCAUGGAGGUCGUGUCCCCCCGGCUGGACACCUCAAUGCACGUCUCGCGCGUCCUCUCCGACUUCUGGGAGGCCAUGCGCGUGCACUUCCAACCCCAGCGCGACGCCUCGUGCGGCGGCCACGUCCACGUCACGCCCGUCUCGCGCAGGAACAAGUUCAGGCUCGCCUCGCUCAAGAAGAUUGCCUUUGCGGCCGCCGUCUACGAGGACUUUGUGGCGUCCAUCCUGCCGCCCGCCCGCCGCCAGAACCAGUACUGCCGGCCCAACAGCCAGAGCGUGGAUUCCGGCCUCUGCGACGCCCUGGCCUGGGGCAAGUCCACGGCGACCCUGAAGCACGUCGCCGCCCAGGUGCGCGACCUGGUCGACGAGCCGCACCUCUACAUGUACAUGCAGGGCAACCGCUACGUCCUGUGGAACUUUCAAAACAUCUUCCCGCACCCCAAGACGGGGCGGUGCACCGGCACCGUCGAGUUCCGCGGCGGCAACCAGUUUCUCAACUCCAAGGGGACCCUGGCCUGGGUGGCCUUUGUGCUGGGCUUUAUCACGCUGGCUCUGAAGGAGAACCUGUUGAAGAAAUUCACCGAAUACAUUCCGCCCUCGGAUCCCAGAUACGCAAAGUACCUGGACUCGUGGUGGUUGCGCAUCAGAAAGGCGGCCAAAAAGUCCAAAUUGGCCAGAUAUCUGCCCGACGACCCCGAAAAGAUGAUGACCAGGUAG